AUGAAGGCAGAUACCAAGUUUGGCUAUUCCGGCCGCAGCUACAAGGCACAGAAGGUGCUGACUCUCGAUCUCGCGUCUCUCAGCGAAUUCCCUUCUCUCUCAAGUGGCCCGCAGAACACCACUCCAACCCCCGGACAGGCCAUCUGGGGCAACGCAGGCCAACGUUCGAUUCAACAGAGUCUCGGACAGAGACAACCACAAGCCCCUGUUCCCCCUCAAGCUCCCUCGCGGGAGUCUCAGCUCCAAGCUCAGCAGGCACAGUCCCAGGGUCAAGCUCAGGGCCAUGAGGACCAGUUCCCUUCGACAACACAGUUUGUCACCCAGCUUGAUGAUUUCCGUAACGGUGUCCAGGCCAUGGGCCAAAUGUCAGGCGGCAGCCAGCAACAGGCCGGCAGUGUCGACGACUUCCCUCCUCUGAGCAAACAGUCUGACCAAGCAGGAGCAGUUGGUAACUAUGCUAGCUCUAUGGGAUUCACUGGCUUCUCUGCUCAGACGCGUUCAUCUCUUGGAAACCAGCAAGAUACCAGUAGAAUUGCAUCUCCUGCAGCUGCAGGUCCAUCCGGCACGCCAGGUCCGCGGUUACCAGCUGGCCAGAACCAAAACGGUAUAAUUGGGCAAGAUCACGAGGACAACGCUCAAACCCAAGCUCAAGCUCAGGCUCAAGCUCAAGCAUCCAUGAUGAACCAACGCAGCAUGGAUCAGAUGCAGCAGCAACAGCAGCCGCCACAGCCGCAGCCCUCGCAGGUGCAGGCACAGGCACAGGCAGAAAAUGAGGCCCAUGAUCCUUCCCGAGCCGGCCAGACAGCUGAGCAGGCCUCGCUCUCCCAGAUGAGCGAACACGAUCGAUUCGGCUUAGCCGGACUUCUACGGAUGAUCCAUAGUGACAGCCCUGACGUUGCGAGCCUCGCUAUCGGCCAAGAUCUAAUGAGUCUUGGACUGGAUCUGAACCAGCAAGAACCACUGCAUCAAACAUUUGCAUCACCCUUCAUCUCAUCUAACGUGUCUGUCCCGCUACGGCCAGACUUUACUCUGCCUGCAUGCUACAACGUAGCCAAUGUCCAGCCACUGCAGACCCGUAUACCCAGCUUCAGCGAUGAGACUCUGUUCUACAUCUUUUACAGCAUGCCGCGUGAUAUCAUGCAGGAGCUAGUCGCAGAAGAGCUCAUGGGCCGAAAGUGGCGCUACCACAAGGUUGAACGCGCAUGGCUGACGCGCGACGACACCUAUCCAAACCCCGUUGAGGUUGAGAGAGGCAUUAGCGAGCGUGGCGUCUACCUCUGGUGGGAUACCAGCAGCUGGAAGAAAGUCCGACGUGAAUUUAUUCUUCGCUAUGCCGAUUUGGACAACCGUCUCGACCCGGGCAGAAACAUUGUCCGAGGAAUCCCCUUCCCCCAGGCCACUUAA